AUGCGUUCCGCGGCAAAGCUGUUUUACGCGGCUGUCUUCGCCUUUGCGAGUCUAGCUGAUGCUAGUCAUGUCUCGCAAGAACUUGACACGGCGAAAUGCGCUUUUGAUCCUUCAGCUAUGGUCACAGAUGCGUGUGUUUCCUAUGGCACUAUCAACAAUCUUAACGACGAAGUUUACUUACUCCUACAAUCCCUGACCACCGAAACCGAUUUCUUCUCAUAUUACCGAUUGAAUCUGUUUAACAAAGAAUGUCCGUUUUGGUCCGAUGCCAAUAGCAUGUGUGGCAAUAUUGCAUGCUCUGUGAAUACGAUAGAGUCAGAGGAGGACAUCCCGCUUACCUGGCGCUCGGAGGAACUGAGCAAGCUGGAGGGUCCGAAAGCCAACCACCCGCCACGCAAGGUACAGGCGGAACGUCCCAAGGAGCGGCCCCUCCAGGGUAUGCUCGGAGAAGGCGUUGGGGAAAGUUGUGUGGUUGAGUAUGACGACGAAUGUGACGACCGGGACUACUGUGUCCCCGAAGACGAGGGUUCCGCUGGCAAAGGCGACUACGUGAGCUUGGUGGACAACCCUGAAAGAUUCACCGGAUACUCCGGACCUGGUGCGCACCAAGUAUGGGACGCCAUCUACCGCGAGAAUUGUUUCAUCAAGGCUUCGGAGGAGCCGGAGGAGCAAUCCCUCGGCAUGCCCAUAGGCGGACUCCAGGCAGCAUCUGAUUUCCGCAACGUAAUGCAGAAGGAGUCGCAACGCUUAGACGGCCUGCCAUUGGACAACGAGUGCUUGGAGAAGCGAGUCUUUCACCGUCUUAUCAGCGGCAUGCACGCUUCCAUUUCGACCCACCUCUGCUGGGAUUAUUUGAACCAGACGACUGGCCAGUGGCAGCCGAAUAUGCAGUGCUAUAAGGAACGGCUGCAUGACCACCCGGAGCGUAUCUCCAACAUGUACUUCAACUACGCCCUUGUCUCACGCGCCGUGGCCAAGCUGCGCAAACACCUGCAAGGCUACACCUUCUGUACCAGCGACCCUGUCCAGGAUUUCGACACCAAGCAGCGAGUCAACCAACUUGCGGAAAUUCUGGCGCGCCCUCCUCGCAUCUUUGACGAGGAACUCAUGUUCCAAGAUCCCAUCGCCCACGGUCUGAAAGACGACUUCCGAAACCGAUUCCGGAACGUCAGCCGACUCAUGGACUGUGUGGGCUGUGACAAGUGCCGCCUGUGGGGUAAACUUCAGGUCAACGGAUACGGAACCGCCUUGAAGGUUCUAUUCGAGUACGACGAGACCAAGAACGGCGAGAACCCACCUCUGCGCCGUACCGAACUGGUUUCUUUGGUCAACACCCUGGGCCGUAUCUCUCAUAGUAUCGCCGCCGCGCGUAGCUUCCACGAAGCCCUUGAAGCGGGGCAGGAACAUGCUUUCCCGCUCCAUCAUUACGCUCCUUUGGCCCCCAAGCUGGCUGAGGUGAAGCCAGACAAAGAAGAACCCAGACGUAUAUUCCAUGAUGGUGCUGGUAAUUUGUACUAUGAGGACUCUGAUGACAGCGAAUGGUACCACGGAGGUCAAAAGGUGGAGGGACGCAAGCCCUGGGAAUACCCAGCUCGUCCCGAGAAUCCCACUGCCUAUGAUGAAUUGGUAACCGAAUGGACCGUGCUUCGCGACACGACGCUGUAUGUCGUGAAGAGUUGGAUAGGAAUCCCUCGUACCUGCUAUGGCAUUUUGAGUUCCGAAAUCUCGCGAGGCUGGGCUUACUGGUUGGGUUUGCCAGUUCCUCCUCGUCAGUGGAAGUUGAAGGCUCCUGGCGCAGAUGACCCCUUACGCCGAUCUGUCGGUGAUAGGUCUGUUCAUGAUAGGGAACUCUGA